CCGCUCUCAGGUUCCUCUCUGCUCCAACGCAGGCAAAUAAGACAAAACAGUAUAUACAUAAUACAUUCACAUAUUUUACCUGUUUCAUUUUACUCUUCUUUCUUCUCAUUUUACUUUCAAAAAAGGAAACAAUCUUUCUUAUACGCAUAAAAUCUUUUGAUUAAAAUUUCUGAAUGUUCUUUUGAUAAAAUAAGGGAGUAGCUCCAAUACACGAGAUAUUUUGUUCACAUAACCUAUACGAGAGAUUUCUUGCAUCAUUAUCGCUAAGCUGAAUGUAUGAUUACUUGUGUUGACAUUUGAGAUACUUAAAAUCGUAUCAGUUGCACGAGCAACGUGAGUGAUGAUCGCUCGUUGUUGGGUCAAGCGUGCACAGGACAGAGGAGCACCUCGCGUCUUUCUAUUGAAGGCAUCCCGAUCGGGAUUGCUUUUUGCGACACAGUCGGAUAUGUCGCGAGAGUGGAGGGAAUCUCUAUGCAGCCUGCGCUGAAUCCAGAUCUACGAUAUCCUGAUUACGUGUUCCUGAAUCGCUGGGUUAUCCGGAAUCAAGACGUACAGCGCGGCGACAUAGUGUGCAUCAUAUCUCCCAAGGUGCCGAAUCAGACGCUCAUCAAAAGAGUUGUGGGACUACCUGGGGAUAUCAUAGGCACGCAUGGAUACAAGAUCACUGCUAUUCAAGUACCGGAAGGACACUGCUGGUUGCAGGGAGAUCAUACUGGACAUUCUAUGGACUCUAAUACCUUUGGGCCAAUAUCUCUGGGUCUAAUAACAGCAAAAGCUACUCAUAUAAUUUGGCCGCCAAAUCGGUGGCAACAGUUACAGCCUAUAACACCCAAUCAUGAGAGCUGUUAGCUUUGUAAAGAGAUUGCAAUGGGAAUUACCUGGUACUGUAUGCAGACAUGGCUUAACCAUAGGUGAUGUUGAUAAUGAUGGUGAUAAUGAAUUGGUUGUUGGUACUGCCGAAGGAGAACUUUAUAUCUUCAAGGGAUCAGAGUUAUGGCAGAAGAUCACUGGUCUCGGUCUUAUAACUAGCGUAGCAAUUGGAGAUAUUUUUAAUUAUGGUCGCAAUGCACUUGUUGUUAUCUGUGGUGAUGGGUGGACACAUAUAUUUUACAGUCCCAGAUCUGUCAAUCCUAAUAACUCUAACAUAUGUGCAGGCAACCAACAUGUUAGUAAAGAUACAAAUGAGCAAGAUAUCUUUAAAGCAAAUACUGUAAUUCUUAUAGGAUAUGUAUGCACAGAUAUAGGAAAUUCCCAAAAUACAGAAACACAUGUUGACAAUACUAAUGAAAUCAAUGAACUCUCUGGAAAAAUGGAAUGUGUACAUGUACAAAGGAUCCCAACUAAUACAAAGAUAGUGCUGAUAGCUGAUGUUGAUAAAGAUGGUGCUAAUGAAAUGAUUCUCGGUUUGACAGAUCGUGUUGUGAGAUCUUAUAGAUGGUCAAGUAAUGCUGAUUUAGAAACAGGAAAAUUAAUUGGCCUAAAUAAGUGGGAGUGCACUAAUCAAAUAGGAACAGUUACAUUGCAACAUACUGGUGAUGGUACGCCAACUCUACUGGUAGCACAACCUGGCGGUACAUUCAUGCGGAUUAAGUGCAAUCCCGAAGAUUGUCAAUCAAAGAAUAGUUCCUGCGAGGCUGUCGAUUAUCAGACAUUAGGAAUAUCUAGGAUGCGCAAUCAAAAUAUUUCAACGGAAAUUAUUGGAAAUUUAGAGCCAGGAAUAAUGCCGUUUAUUUCGACGAUUGAACCGAAAAUGUCUAGUUACAUACCUAAAGAUAAGUUGCUGAAGCAAGGUUUCACAGAUGAUAGCCAAAUAGACAUGAAGACCUUUAAACCUGCUUCACUCGAGUUCAAAAGGAAUUAUUCGCAACCUGCUUUUCGAAAAAAUAGUCUCGAUAUGGCCGGCGAGUAUGAUAGAAAUUUUACAGUAGAAAAUCAAGGACCAGUUAGAUUUUACAGUCCCGUUGAAUCUUCAAACACUGAUGAAAUUGAUGGCAACUUUAUCGGUGGCAACGUUAUUCUCGGAGAAUACGAUAACGAAACUGUGAAAAAUAAAUUGUUACCAUCUUUUACACAUUUUUCCCAUGAUAAUAAUAAUGAGAAUAAUAGUAAUAAUAGUAAUAAUAAUAACAAUGGUAACAAUGUCAGUAAAUCGAAUCAGGAAGGAACUAUAAAAGACGAUACGGAUUCAAACAAUGAUGUCAUCAGUGGGAAUAUUUCAAAGGGAAAACCUUAUGCUUUGGCAACGCUUGAUGGAACUAUUAUGUUGGUACAGGAUGAGGUCAUUUUAUGGGCUAUGCAAGUAGAUCAUCAGAUAUUCGCUCUGUGUCGAUUGGAUGUCACAGGCGAUAAUUCUGAUGAGAUAAUUGCUUGUGCUUGGGAUGGUCAGACUUACAUUUUGGAUCAACAACGGCAUAGUGUACGCUUUCAAUUUGAGGAACCAGUCAGAGCUUUUUGCACAGGAAAUUAUAAUGUAAUUCCGGGAACGUCUAGUCCAAGUCUGGUGUACAAUACCUUCAAUAACAAGAUUUUUCUUUACUAUGACGUCACUUUGCCGAGCAUGACAAUUACCCCUUUGAAUCCCAUGAAGGAUUUUGAAUCUGAUGAAAUGCAAGUUUUAGAGAAAUUAUUGGGCGAGUGUAAUACAAAUGACAAACAGCAAAAGAUGCAGCAGUUAACUGAAUGGUUGAUGUAUGGCGUACAUUAGUUUAUGGCAAGCAAAAAUUUAUAAUUAUAUACAGCGUGAUUCUUAUGUAACAAUAUAUGUUUUAAGAAUCGCCCCGUAUAGGCAAAAAAUGUAUAAUAAAACGUACAUCUUCUGUUA